AUGCCGCGGACCAAGGUGUUUUCGCACAUUGUGCCGAUCAAGAACCGAAUUUUUCGGCUCGUCUGCUACCCGCACGGCAACACGUGCGAGAACUACGUGGCGGUCUUUCUUGAGAGCGUCGAGGAUCAAUCGCUUCCGAACGACUGGAUGGUAAGCCUUGACGUCAAGAUCAGCGUCAGGCACCCGGUCCACCGGGUCCAGCGAGGCUUCUCGCACACAUACGUCAAGGACUCGGGCGACUGGGGCUUCAACAAGUUCCUCCCGCGCGAGAAGCUGGAAAAGGUCCUCCUCAACGGGACGCUCAUCCUCGAGGCUUUCCUUCACGAAAAGCCCGGCGAGCUUUCGGCGGCAAUCAAGUCGCGCGAGCGCCUGGGCACGCGUGGAGGUGUGGUCCGAGAUCCUGUGCGGAGCGUGCGGCUGCCGCUGCCGCCGCAGCGGUUCACGGUCGUGACCGACCAUGACCUCUUUGCACAUGUCGGUCCCGGCCUGUGCAACCUCCCGACAGCUAUCCAGCUGCAGGCGCGCAAGCCGAUCAAGACCGUUCAGGCCCUCAUUGACAUGUUGGUCCACGACUUGGGCCUCGAGGCGCCGCCGGUCCGCAUCUGGGAGUGGUGCAUGGGCGCGCAUGGGACGAUCCGUCCCAUGCGCCAGGUCACCGCUACCAUGCUCGACUCUCGGCUACGGUACGGGACCAAACUGGACAUUUACCUCGAGUUUGGCGAUGUGAGUGAGCCGGCCACGCUGCCUGAUACUCAUGCCGUCCUCUAUCUCAAGUUCUACGAUCCCGAGCGCGAAGAGAUGCGGUACUGCGGCCACGUUGUGGCGAAGCGCACGAGCAGCGUGGCCGAGCUCGAGGCCAAGGUCCGCGACGUCGAGGGCCUUCCUGCCCAUGCGCAACUCAAGGGCUGGAAGGAGCUGGGCCCGGAGUCACUGACGAGUAUCGAGUCGCUGUCGACGAUGGCGACGGCCGGCCUCGAGUCUGGCGCGGUCGUCGUGUACCAACUUGCCGACGUGCCUCCCACGGUCGCGCGGCCGUCGGCGGUCGAGUACGCCCGUUUCAUGGCGUCAAUCAUGGUCACUACUUUUGCUCCGAUGGAAAGUGGUGAGAUCGGGGUACAGGCUACUCUCCGGUUCCACAUGCGGACAUGCAUCGCCGACGCCGCAGCCUGCCUCGGCGCACACCUCGGCGUCGCGCCCGAGUGCAUUGUCCUGUUCAAGGCCGACGGAGGAACGCGACUUGCCAGUGAGAUGGUCCUGGAGACGGUGUCAGGUGGCAAGUCCAUCGCUACGCUGCGGUACGCCAUCUCCACGACACCGGUCUCGCCAGCUGCAUUCCAUCGCAGCGUCAGAGUCGAGGUGAUGCGUCUCGACGCGAGCUGCGAGGCCUCGCUGGACGUCGAUGUCGACAGCUCGUCGCAGGUUGCGUGCGUCAUUAGUGAGGUUCGAGCAACGCUCGCGGCACGCGACAUGGCCCCGGUUGGCUUUGAUCGCGAGCUCCGGCUCGUUGAGCUCGACGUCGGGCGCAAGAUCGCGCGCGUCCUCCACCCGUCAGACCCGCUCGCCCUUCUCUCCCGGCAGGCCAAGAUCAUUGUGGAGCCGGUGCCUGAAGGCGAGUUCUACCCAGCGCCACCGGCGCGGCCGCUAGUCUUUGUCCAUGCCAUUGCAGGCUCGACCACCACGUUUGGCAUGCCGUUUGUUGUCGUCAUCGGCGAUGGCGAGCGGAUGAGCGAGCUCGCCGAGCGGAUCAAGCUUCGGUUCGGGCUCAGCGACGCCGACUUUUCCGGAUGGACGUUCUUCAAGGUCGCCAACGGCGCGCGCGUCGCACUGAGAGCAAGCGAACGCAUCGCUCCGCAUCGUUGGAGCAAGUAUGCGUGGAUCAUGGUCGAGCACGCCAACGAGGCCGGCAUCGAGUUUGAUGUGCACAACGAGCUCGCUCCGAUGCACGAGUCGGCCCAGAGCCUCGCCGCAGUGCCGAUGGCCAUUGCGACCGACGCAAACAGCGAUAGUGGCUCGAAUACCGACCACAUUUGCGUGAUUUGCCUCGACAAGCCGCACACAGUUGUCCUGCUCCCCUGCCGGCACAAGGCAAUGUGCACGGCAUGCGCGGUGGAGGUGUCCAGGUGUCCGAUGUGUCGUGCGCCGUUUACGCCCAGCGACACCCUCGACGUCUUUGACGCGUGAUGACGAGCCAGAUUGGGGAGAUUCCGGGGAAUGUACACGAGACGUAUGGCC